AAAAUAGAUUAAUCGUUUUUAAUAUUUUUUUUCACAUUAACUUAUAACUUAUAGAGUUAAUUUAUGAUUUGUUAACAGUUAACUUCUAACUUUUCGAUUUUGUUUUCUCUUAACUGACCUUGAUUUAAUUAUUUUCAUUAACUUGCACACCUUUGAAAUGUAGAUAUUGUAAAUCAUGAUCACGAUUACUGUAGAAUUCAAGAUGAAGCUGUAGAACCUCAAGAACAAGUACUGUCUGUUCUUCCUAUACCCAAUGUCAAGCCACAUUGUUACACCAUAGUUCCUGGUACACAAAGGAACACAGAAAUAAUUUGUGAUAAUUUGGGUAAUAUGUACUACAAAAAAAAAAGUACUGAAAAUAAAAUCUAUUUGGCAUGCUUGGAAAAAAAACAAGGGGAAUGUCGGGGAACUGCAGUCAUAUCAUCAGAUCGAAAUAACAAAAGUAUUAAGUUGUCAAACCAACAUAAUCAUCCAGUAAAAUCUUACGACUUGGAUGUUCCAUUCCUUCGACAACAUAUAACAGAAAUGGCUUUGAAAAAAACUGUUAAUUCAUAUGUGCCUCGUGGUAUAUACAUGGAAUCGAUUGUGAAUUUUCCAGAAGCUGCAAAUAAUUAUACCUUCAUUCAGUGUGCAGAAAGAAUGAGGCGAUUGCGACAAGGAAUGUUCCCAGCAACACCUCAAAAUAUUUUAGAGUUCCACAAUUUACUAGGCAAUGCUGAAAACCAAAUGUUUACACUAACAUUACAAAAAUUACAAUUUUAUCAAGGCCCAUUGGUUGUGAAUGGAGUUAUUAAAGGUGUCCUGUUUUGCAACAUAGCCCAUAUACAGAAAAUCAAACAACAUUUAAGAAAUGUCCGUGUAGCUGGUUGUGACGGGACAUUCAAAACUGUACCAAAAUUUUUGGAUAAUGAUGCUUAUCAGAUAUUUUCAUUCCAUAUCCUGUUCAAAAAUGUUAGCUUCCCACUAGUUCAUGCUAUCCUCACGGGCAAAACACAGGAUAUCUAUAUACAACUUCUGGGGUAUGUCAGAAGUGUGUUACCAUUAAAUUAUGCAAAUUUAAUCAUAAUAACAGAUUAUGAGUAUGGUCUAAUUAAUGCUGCAAAAAUAGUAUUUCCGGAGAGUAAAACCCAAGGAUGUUAUUUUCAUUUUUGCCAGGCAGUCAUACGGUACACUAGAGUUAAAAAAUCUCAAAUUUUUCAUUUAAUAACAUCAAAUUUGAAUGCAAUUUGUAUACUAAGAAUGAUUUUAGCUUUGCCAUACUUACCGGCCACAAGAAUUGAUGCUUUACCAUCAAUGGAAGAUGGUUUCAAUGAAAUUAUUAAAUAUGUUCACCAAUUCCCUGAUUUAGCUGUGAAACUAAAUGAUUUUUUAAUUGAGUAUAUUUGGAGAUAUUGGUUUCUGACGAUGAGCCCUGAAAAUGUCUCAGUAUAUAAUCAAGAAAUAAGGACAAAUAACUACAUUGAGAGUUAUCAUGCUUCAUUGUUAAGACUAAUUAAACCACAUCCCAAAGUUUGGGAAUUCCUCAGUAUGGUUUAAGAUCAAAUUGUUCAUAAUUGUUUCAUAAGUGUCAACUAAUCUUUAUGUUAUAAUAAUUGUGUUGGAAAGAGUAAUUCAAAUUUAAAUGUUUUAUGUUUUUUGUUACAGGAAAGGAGAAAUAGUUAUAAGUACUCAAAACUUUAACCUAUACAGUUUAAAAAUUAUUUUUACAUAUUUUCAAUAUUUAGAGGAUGUCACACCCGCAUGUGUUGUCCCCGUCUUACACAUGUACAAUAAAGAAAAUUUUUGUUCACCAGUUUCAAUAGUGUG